AUGCCUUCCGCUCCCCGCCGUCAUGCGACUUCGUGUGACUUCGUGCCGACUCCUGUCAACCCCAUUGCUGAAACGUCGCCCUUACUGCAUAUCCCCCAUACAACCUCUGCUCGCCCCCCGCCCCCCCCCGCCCGUUUCCCACAUCCAAUACCAGGCUCCUGCCGCCAUGUGUCCACUGUUGAUAGGUCCACGGAUUUGGUCGAAACAUCUACUUUUCUCUCCUCUCUACCCCCCACCUCCCCCUUGCAAGUGGGGUGCAAAGAAUCGGCUCGCUCAUUCCCUCCCCGCCCUCUCAUCCCGUCCCCACCCUCUCAUCCUCUCCCCACCCUCUCAUUCUCUCCCAUCCCUCUCAAAAUCUUCCCUCCCUCUCAUCCUCUCCCCACCCUCUCAUCCUCUCCCAUCCCUCUCAUCCUCUCCCCACCCUCUCCUCCCCUCCCUAACGCGCCGUUACGACCUACCGUGCAAAGGCAAUUCUAUCGAAGCCACAUCCUCACAGGGAAGGGAAGGAGCAUGCCACUUAAGAUGGCAGUGUACUCUCGGUUGAAAGCAGUCACUUCUUUCAUCCAAGGGCCUUUUUGCUUCCUCUUAUUGCACGCCAUGCCAUAA